AGGCAGCCCGUGUGAUGCUGGCGCCGCCGCCGCCGCCGCCGCUGCUGCUGCUGCUGCAACACCUCUGGAGGCGAUGCAGGAGACGCGGUGCAGCAGGCACUAAAGAAGGAAGGCGGUGUAGCCUAUAGGAGGAGAAGACCAGACAGACUACUACAACACCGCCUGAUGGGGAAGCGCUGACUGAGAGAGAGAGAGAAGAAAGAGAGAGAGGAGAGAGAGAAACAGCGCAUGGUGGAGAAGAAGGAGUGGAGACAACCGAAGAGCACGGGGAUUAGGUGGUUGAACCCGUGAUCGCCCAGUUUCAGCACCGCCGACGGAGACCCCAAGCAUCCAGUCGCUGUUUUUUGGGGAAGAAAAGCCCCAAAAAUAAACCAUGGUGGUGACGGAUCUGCAAUCAGCUCUAAACAACAAAGUGAGCAGGAUUUCAGUCAUGGCGAGGCUCGUGCUUUCCCUCCUGCUCCUGUGUGGAUGCCAAAAUAGUUUGUGCCAGUCCACGGAGGCUCAGAAGGAGGCGGCCGCCAAUGACAACAGCACAGUUUUCACCCGGAUCCUGGACGGGCUCCUGCAUGGUUAUGACAACAGGCUUCGGCCAGGACUUGGAGAAAACGUCACCGAAAUCAAGACGAAUAUUUUUGUCACCAGCUUCGGCCCGGUGUCUGACACAGAGAUGGAAUAUACCAUAGACGUGUUCUUCCGACAGAGCUGGAAGGACGAGCGUCUGUGCUUCAAAGGGCCCAUGGAGAUGCUACCGUUAAACAACCUUCUGGCCAGCAACAUCUGGACCCCCGAUACCUUCUUUCUGAACGGCAAGAAGUCUAUCGCUCAUAACAUGACCACGCCCAACAAGCUGCUGAGGCUGAAAGAUGACGGCACAUUGCUGUACACCAUGAGACUGACCAUAUCAGCAGAAUGCCCCAUGCAGCUGGAGGAUUUCCCCAUGGAUGCACACGCCUGCCCCCUCAAGUUUGGCAGCUAUGCCUAUCCGGUAUCAGAGGUGGUCUACACUUGGACUCAGGGAGCUGCUAAGUCCGUGGUUGUCGCAGAGGACGGUUCCAGACUCAACCAGUACCAUCUGAUUGGGCAAACUGCCGGCACAGAGAACAUACACACAAGCAGAGGACAGUACACUGUGAUGAUGGCCCACUUCUACCUGAAGAGGAAGAUUGGAUAUUUUGUCAUCCAGACGUAUAUGCCCUGUUUCAUGACUGUAAUCCUGUCCCAGGUGUCAUUUUGGCUAAACAGAGAAUCAGUUCCUGCGAGGACUGUCUUUGGGGUGACCACUGUGCUGACCAUGACCACGCUCAGCAUUAGCGCCAGGAACUCGCUCCCUAAAGUGGCCUACGCUACAGCCAUGGAUUGGUUCAUUGCUGUCUGCUACGCGUUCGUCUUUUCCGCCCUCAUCGAGUUCGCCACGGUGAACUACUUCACCAAGAGGAGCUGGGCCUGGGAUGGCAAGAAGGCUCUGGAAGCACAGCACCCUAAGAAACGAGACCCCAUGGUGCUGUCCAAAAAGCCCAACAACGUCUGCUCAGCGGGUGUCAACUACACCCCCAACCUCACCAAGGACGUGUCCAUCUCCACCAUCUCCAACACGACGUCGGUGCAGCUGAGGGCCUCGGAGACCAAGAUGGUAGACCCCAAGAAGACCUACAACAGUGUCAGUAAGAUCGAUAAAAUGUCGCGGAUAGUGUUUCCUGUCCUCUUUGGAACCUUCAACCUCGUCUACUGGGCUACGUAUCUUAACAGAGAACCGGUGGUGAAAGGAGUGGUCACCUCAACGUAA